GGGUUCCUGUUGUACCGAGCCUUAAAAAAAAAUAGACUUGCACACCAAUCAGUGAUUCCGAUGGGCGGACCGCCGAAAGCGUCUAGGUCCCCUCCCUUUUUUAAAAGUCAGAUUCAAGUUUCUGUUGGAUCACAUGCAGCUCGAGGAGCAGCGGGACACGACGACCAAUGUGGUGAUUACUGGCUGCCUUGCGGGGAAUGUGGAUGAAGAAGCGUGGUGAUAAAAGGAUAGUUGAAUGUUGCGUUCUCGCCCUUUGUGACAAAGAAAAAGAUUCAGCAGUUCCUAAAAAUCAAUCUGAGAAGAAGAGACUUAACAAGAGGACUUGAAAGUAGCCGUCAAGGAAAGAAGUGUUACUUGAGUAUGAGAGACGAGGAGCAGACUGGCGCAGAUCAUCUGGUGGGAGCCGUGGUUUCCAGUGAGGAGAACAUCGGGAAAGCUCCAUCAAAUGCAUGUCCUGUCCUCGUGGCAACGCCUGCAUUCCGCAGGCGGAAACGCCACACAGCCUCACCUGAGGCGGGCGUCGCCACUGCCGUGGCAUCAACCGACAACAAGCCGGAAGACGACAUCCGCAUCGAUACUCUGACUGGACUGAAAAAACUCAAAAGGAGUCCGCAACAUCUGCCCGCUUCUUCGGGGACAUCCCUUUCCCCGGUUCCUGGUCCAAGUCCUGGUGGGUUGUCGCCCCUGGAGGACCCACAUGGCCAACGUGUGAUCGCCAACAUCCGAGAGCGCCAGCGAACGCAAUCCCUGAAUGAAGCCUUCGCCUCCUUACGUAAAAUAAUCCCAACGCUCCCUUCAGACAAACUGAGUAAGAUCCAGACCCUUAAAUUGGCGUCGCGCUACAUUGACUUCCUGUACCAGGUUCUACAGAGCGACGAGAUCGAUUCAAAGCUGAGUGGCUGUAACUACCUGGCCCAUGAGAGACUAAGCUAUGCCUUCUCUGUCUGGAGGAUGGAGGGGGCCUGGACCACUAUGUCUGCCAGUCACUAGCCUCGUCUUCGACAAAACAAUGUUCUCACUCGAUUUCAAAUGGAUCGCCCGUUUGACCCACAAGUCACUGGUUACAUCAUUGCUUUGGCUCGAUGAUGAGGCAAAGACUAUGACUCUUAAUGAGAACAUUUGCUUGAAACAUCCACUUUUCUAGUUUGUUGAGUAUAAGAUAUUGAUUCAUCCCGGGGGCUUUUGUUUUUGUUGUUGCCUUCAAACAAGGAUGCUAAAUUCCAAUCUUUCUGACAAUCCUCCAAAAUGAUGUCUCUCAUGACUAAGCCUGGGCCCUGGAACUGAAGUUUCAUCCCUCGUUCUACGUUCAUCCUGAGCACUGCAACAUCACCACCAUCACCGUAGCUGCUCGGAAAAGGAAUUGUCUGUUGCGCAACACCCUUUCUGCGAUUCCUGCUAUGUGGACCUUGGCUUGCCAAUUUCAGGCAUGAGAGGACCGUCUGUCUUAUUGAGAACAUGGAUCUAUAAAGAAUUGGAGAAUGUGCAGUUAAAACUAGAUUUUGGACAGAGAUGACAAAACAGGAUCUGUAUUAAAGAGGCAUUUUGCUUUCAUAUUUGCACAUCGGCACGUACGGUACGUUAUUCAAAAUCUAAGUGUUCUGCCAAUAAAGUUCAUUUCAUGGCUUAUUUUGUUACAGCCGUGGUGGUGAUGUUGCAACUAGCAUUAAUCCAGGCACCCCGCCCUUUUUGUCUCCAGCCUCUUGUUAAAUGCUGUCUCACAGUCCCCCCCCCCCCCUUUUCUGUUAAUGAGGUCUGCACGCCUUCCUUUGCCUGGUCAGUCAGGAACAAUUAAUACUGCCAAAAUAACGCUCUUUAAUACGCAAUUAAAAGGCACCAGAGGUAUUUAUAACUUGUUUGGGCCUUUUUGAGUUGCUUUUAAAAGACAAAGACAGUUCAGUUUCCACAAAUUCUAAGGUACAUGCUCAAACUGAGUAAUUCACAAUGGUAUCUUUCAAUGGUUUAUCAAAUGGGCACUUGCUGAGGUAGAAAACAAUCAAACUAACUUAUGAUUUGUAUUACAAAUGAAUGAGGCAUGAGGCAGCUAAGUGGACAAGCAAGUUGCCUCACGGUACUAAGGUUUGGGUUCAAAUCUUGGCUCCAACUUUCCUAUGUGCGGUUCGCAUCCUGUCUCCAUUCUUGUGUGGGUUUUCUUUGGCUUCCCCUGCCAAAUCUACAAAUGACAAGAACUGCCUGAAACGCUUCAGACUCAAACUAUCUAACACCAAUAACUAAUUUCCCAAAUAAUAAUAAAGAAAAACAUAAAAGAGCAAGACAAAACACUUUAGCUUUGCGUUAUUAAUCAGUUGAUCAUUGUAUGCAGCUUUACAGUCUGAAAAAAACAAGUUCUUCGUUUUCAAUAAGUAUUUCUUUUUAAUCAGGAGGAAAAGACAAAAGUACAAAAUAGAAAAUCUUUCUAUACAUACAUAUGGUAAGAAAUUGGACGAAAACACAACACAUACAGUAUAGGUCAUUAGGAAAGGAUAGCAUAAAAUCCAAUUCAACAGUAUGACUGCAAGUCCAGUUAGUUAAACAGUUACCAAUACGCAUAAACCUACUAAAUGCAACAAGGCACGUAGCUGAUGUGUAUUUUGGUCUUGGAAGAUUCUAUUUACAGUGUAUUUCUUAUAAGAAGAGUACACGUGACAUCAGCAAAAGAGGCAGUUAAGAAGAAGGGAGGCUAUUUUGGCCUCUGCAUAAGACAACAUCCACUGAUAACAGAUCACACAACGGUACUGCAAUUACAGUACGUACACACACACACGCGCAGACACACACACGCAGACACAUUUACUUCAUGAACACCACAAGCUGUGGAAGAGCCACUAAAACAACACAGUCGUUCGUUCAUAACAGGGCUGGCGAACGUAAGGCCCGUGAGAGCAUUUUAUCCCACCGUGGAAUUGUCAAAACAAAUUAAACCUCAGAUGAAGUGAAACCAAUAAAAGCUCGUAAUAAAAUACCGUAUAAUAAUCAAUAUGUUUGGUCAUUGCAUUAAGUUCUUUUCAUGAACUUUGAAGACUAAAAGGAACCCUAGUAGGAAAAAGUACUGCCUUGGGCUGAAUUUACAUUGCAGAAUUCAAGUGACACAUUUUCAAAAAAAUGCAUGGAAUUGGAGAUCUGAAAUUUGGAAUUAGGCCUCUUCCAAAUGUGAAUACAAAUCUGAUAUGAGUUU